GCACAAGCAGGUGACGUUGGAGGCAUAUGAUUGGCAAUGUGAUGAAGCAGCUAAGAUAUUUGCCAAGUACCAAACACAGCUUCAUCAUUGUGUAAAUCAAGCAAGAGUUGUGCGGAGGCUGACUACAGACAGUGCUGACAAUGGAGCUGAUGAUCUCCAUGCACAUGGUGGCAAUUUACUUAACCAUCAAGGGCAACAAGUCAUCAGAUGACAUCAUUCUCAGAGAGACAUCAAGAGAAAGAGAUACUGGAAAGCAUGUGAAACUCUUGCUUCUCAUAUGAUUGAAAGAAUUCAUAGUACUUUUCCAGCAUAUGAAGGGAGCGGUAUUAACUUGAAUCCCCAGUUAGAUGCUGCCAAA